AUGAAGACGCACCUCUACGCCCUCUUAGCCUCGGGGGCAGUGGGGGCAGCGAGAGCAGCCGGCGGCUUCGUGGCCACAGGUCAGUCCUCUGAGUCUGGUGUAUCCUCGAGUUCUUUCGUCAACGGCAUCACCGAAACAGACGACGAUCUCGACAAAUGGCUCUCCUCCGUCCAGGCCCAGCCUCUUGACGCCCUCAAGGCAUGCCCCAUUUUGUGCAGAGAAGCCGGGGACGACCCCUGGUUCCUGUUCCCGGACGCGGACCAGUUGGCCUCGUGCAAGGAGACCAUGUUGCUCAAUGUGGUUGUCCAGAUGGCCGAGGUCAAGGACAUGCCCACCAUCAUCAGGGCCUGCACAGCAGAUUACGACACUUCCAGGUCCAUGAGGGUGGCUUUCGUGCCCGAUGAGACCAAGGCAUCGCUCUGUACCACCGCCAACAAGGUGCUGGAGGAUACCUUCAUCUCCAUUCACCGCCCCGCCAAAAACGGCGAGUUCUCGCCGGGCCAUCUGCUGUCGGCUGGUCGUCAGGUCAAGAGCUAUCUUGCCUCCCAGAAGCCGUCGUGCUCCAACAACGCCAUGGCCUUUGGCUACUCACAGACGUCGGUCAUCGGUAUUUUUGCCGGCGCUGAAGUGCACCAGCACGGUGUGACAGCAGAUGUCCUUCAGCAAUUCCUCGACCAUGUUGAGAGCGAGUCGGUCUCUGGAACCACCGUGGUGCAGUUGUGCGGUGCCAAAGAUCGUGGUGCCGACUACAGCAUUGGCAUCGUCGCCAGCAGUGUCAAGAAUCUCGAUUUCGUCCAGGACGUGGUCAAGAAAUGGGCUGAUGGCAAAUGUGUCUCCGAGUCCCAGGUGGGCGCCGGCGAGGACUGGAUGCCCGUCACGCUGCGCGUUCCUGUUCCCUUGGAGGAGUUGUCCAAUCAUAUGAACGGCACCAUCUCCAACAGCACCACCAACUAUCGUCGUUCUGCGCCUGGUGAUAUCUCGGCCAGGUUCGCCCGGCUCAGCCCCCGAGCUGAUUGCACCGUCACUACCGUCCAGGCCGGCGAGGGUUGCGUGGCUGUGGCCCAGAGAUGUGGCAUCUCGCAGACUAAACUGCAGAACUACAACCGCGCCAACCUCUGCAACUCACUUGUUCUGAACGAGCGCGUCUGCUGCAGCACGGGCACUCUCCCCAGUACCCUUCCUGCCGGGAACUCUGAUGGCACGUGUAAGACGCGCCAGGUUGUUUUGGGCGACGACUGUGCCUCAUUGGCCAACAAAUGCGGAAUUACCGGCGAUGACUUCACCAAGGCGAAUCCUCAGUCCGGGCUUUGCUCCAAACUGUCCGAAGGUCAGCAUGUGUGCUGCAGUCAGGGUGACCUUCCCAACCUGAGGCCCAAGAAGGGUGCCGAUGGCUAUUGUGCCGUCUAUCGAACCAAGAAGGAUGACAACUGUGCCAAGAUUGCUGCCAGCAACAUGCUUAGCUUGACCCAAGUGGAGAACUUCAACAAGAACACAUGGGGUUGGAAUGGCUGCAAGUUGCUUUAUCCCGAUUUCAACAUGUGCGUCAGCGACGGAGCUGCGCCGAUGCCUGCUAUUGUUCCUAACGCGGUCUGUGGUCCAACCAUGAACGGCACCGUCCAGCCCCCCGCGGGGACCAACAUCAGCAUGUUGAACCCGUGCCCUCUCAACGUGUGCUGUAAUAUUUGGGGGCAAUGCGGUAUGACGGAUGAUUUCUGUGUCCCUUCCCAGUCCGAGACUGGUGCUCCCGGUACUGCAGCUCCCGGCAAGUACGGAUGCAUCAGCAACUGCGGCAGAGAUAUCAUUAAGGGCUCCGCGCCGGCAGAGCAUUUCAAACUUGGCUACUUUGAGGGCUGGAACUUUGGCCGCAAGUGCUUGCAUAUGGAUGCUAGCCAAAUCGACACAAGCGCCUAUACCCACAUUCACUUUGCUUUCCCCAACGUUACGGCAGGCGAUUUCCGCAUCGAGAUUACCGACCCGUUAGUUAAGAAGCAGUUUGAACGUUUCAAGAAGCUUCAGGGUGUCAAGAAGGUUCUAUCUCUAGGCGGCUGGGACUUCAGUGCGCUGCCCGGGACCUUUAUGAUCCUCCGAGAGGCUGCCCAGCCAGCCAACCGCGACCUAUUCAAGCGCAACAUCAUCUCCUUCCUUAACGAGCACAACCUUGAUGGCAUCGAUCUUGACUGGGAAUACCCAGGUGCCCCUGACAUCCCGGACAUUCCCGCUGACGAUCCGGUAAGCGGUCUCAACUACUAUAGACUCUUGGCCAGCAUUAAGGCCGAGCUCGGCAGUUCCAAGACAGUUUCGUUCGCCGCGCCGGCGUCGUUCUGGUACCUCCGCGCCUUUCCAAUCAAGCAAAUGGCCCAGGCUCUCGACUAUAUCGUCUACAUGAGUUACGAUCUCCACGGUCAAUGGGACGCCGGCAACAAGUGGACUUCCCCUGGCUGCCCGACGGGCAAUUGCUUGCGGUCCCAUGUUAAUGAGACUGAGACUAGGGACGCGCUCUCCAUGAUUACCAAGGCGGGUGCCCCUUCCAACAAGGUGCUCGUCGGUGUCUCUAGUUACGGACGGUCCUUCAAGAUGGCCCAGGCUGGGUGUGAUGGCGAGGACUGCUUCUUCACGGGUGAUAACGGCAACUCCAAUGCUGCCAAAGGUCGGUGUACGGACACCUCUGGAUACAUUUCAAACGCCGAGAUCAACCAGAUCAUCGCUCAAGGCAGGGUCAACAAGCGCUACACCAAAGAAGGUUCCAACAUCAUGGUGUAUGAUAACACAGAGUGGGUGGCCUGGAUGGACGACGCGAUGAAGGCCACGAGAACCGAGUUUUACCACUCGUACAAUUUCCUGGGCACCACUGAUUGGGCAAUCGAUCUGCAAGAUUGGUAUGGCGACGCCAGUCUAGACGAGGACGAUGUCGAAGUCGUUUAUCUGGGGACCGAGGUGUACAGCGAAAGGACCGCCACCUGUACGCCGCCUUGCCGUUUUGUCCUGCCACCCAGCUCACUCCCGGCACCAACGGUAAUCUCGAUUCCACCCUUCACAACAUCCCUUGAGGUGGGCCGCAGCCAGGAUGCAUCAUUUGUUAUCGAAACGACGACCAUCACCGUCUAUGCGCCCAACAUUACGACAGAUCACAUGCCCAUGUCCAAUGUCAAUAUCUCGGUCGCCAAUCCAACAGAUGGCGGCGGCAGUACCGGUGGCAUUCCCCCUUUCUACGCCAUCCCAAGCAUUGACAUUCCCCCUAUUCCCGUCGUCGUCACGCCUCCAGAUGGCCCGGCGCUGCCUGACGACGACGACCCAUCUGGAGUCGACAUUCCAGACGACAGCGACCUACCAUCUGAUGAACAAAACCCAAUUAUUGAUCGACCUCCUCCUGGAACUGGACCUGCAAUGGUUUGGGACUGUCCACCGGGUGGCGUGUUGGAGAUUGAUGAGUUCCACGCCAUCUUGACGCUUGACAAUUGCCAGGGUCAAGUAACUUUGGGCGGUUGCGCACCUACGAGAACAACGGCAAUGGAUGCACCUCCUGAGAGCACACUUCUCAUUGGCUGCACCUUGUUCACGGGAACCCAGGCUCCUGAUAUCAAGCCAUUUCCUACAGGCUCAGAUAAUAUCAUUCAGCCCAUCUCCACGCCAGUACCAGAUCCCCCAAGAGAAGACGAUCCCGAAGAUUCCGACUCCGAGGACGAUGACGAGCCCGCGGGUGUCUAUCUGUCAUGCAAGGCUUGGUUCUUCUCCAUUUGCAUCGACUGGCCAGAACUCAAGGUCUUCGGUUGGGUUUUCCCUCCUCUGCCCCCGGGGCCCUAUAGGAGUGGCCCCCCAAAUAUCGACUGGCCAAAGCUUCCCGGUAUCACGGUCAAGGGAACUCUACCAAAAUGGCCGGCCAUCACGAUACCGGCCAAAGGCCCGAUUCCCACACCCGACAAGCCGAGCAACUGCAAGACCCAGACCGCCGAGCUUUGCAAGAUGACAACUUCGUACGCCGGCGUUGUGGAAGGUGGCACAACCAGAACCACCUCGUCUACAAUCAAGGAGACAUGUGCUACCGUCUACGGAUGCGAGGUGGAGGAUGAUACUUCGUCGACCGAGACCUUUGAAGGUUGCACUGCCACCCCGAUUGAAAAGCGCGAGGAGGUUGUCGCAACGCCAACUCCACAAGUUCAGGGAGAAGCUGUUGGUACCUCUACCCUCGAGGAGAGAUCUCGACCGUUCCUGCAAGCCAGAGCCAAGAAGAAGAGCCCGUGCCAAAUCGGAGAUGUCGUGAUCAUACCUGACGACCCUGAAAAUGUCCAGGCCAUCCGCACCUGGCUUGGAGACGUUAACAAUAACCCAAACAAGCAGCCAUGGUCAUACACAGAGACCAAGUCCGAUAGGGCAACGUUUACUGCCUUUUUCUACGUCGUCCAGCUUGACCGCGCAAGCUUGGACACACUCAGUGCCGCCAAAGGGACCUACGGUGUAAGUCAGGCGAAACUCGAGCGCAAGAACGGGAGCUAA